CGCUUCUUCUUGCUCUUUCUAAUUGCAUCCCGUUCUUACCUAGCUUUGUGUUUUCCAGUAUCGUUUUCCAAACAAUACGUGUGCUUUUCCACCCGCUGUGAAAACUCACAGCCCACGUCAGUUUUGUCAACUUCUUCUAAAAAGAAACAAAACAGCAAACGCUCAACAAUGAGUGAUAGUACUAUUAGCCUGGAUGCGAAGUAUUUCGUUCGCUCGUUCAUCCGCUUCCUAUCGAAGCAAAUUGACCAGCCCAACUUCAACGAAGAUUCCCGGGAAAGCAUUGAAGUGGCCAUACAGUGCUUGGAAAACGUGUACGAGCUGAACGAAGGUGAUGCUGCAGCAGCUGGCACGGCAGAAGAAUCGAGCGGCAAAAAAGAAGACGACCCACGGAACCAUGUGGAUCUGUACGAGCUGUACCGGAGCACGUACGUCGAAGUUUCGCCGGAACGUAAACAGGAAGCGGAAGGGCUAAAGAACGAGGGUAACCGGUUGAUGAAGGAGGAGAAGUAUCAGGAAGCCCUCAACACGUACACAAAGGCUAUUAAUCUAGAUGCAACUAAUCCAGUGUUUUACUGUAACCGGGCAGCGGCAUAUAGCCGGCUGGGUGAUUAUGUGCGCGCAGCAGAUGACUGCCGGAUGGCGCUGCGGCACGAUCCUAACUACAGUAAGGCUUGGGGUCGGCUAGGGUUGGCGUACUCGAAGAUGAACGAACAUAAACAGGCGGUCACAGCGUACCAGAACGCGAUACGGCUUGAACCGGAAAAUCAAGACUACAAGAAUAAUCUGGGCGUGUCGCAACAGUUCCUCGAAGAACGUUCGCGUAAUCCCGGCCCGUCUGCGGGCGCCGGUGGUAAUCCGUUGGCUAAUAUUGAUUUUGCCUCGGUCAUCAACAAUCCAGACAUGGUGCAAAUGGCUACCCGUAUGAUGAGCGAUCCGGCAAUGCAUAACAUUUUGGGCCAGCUAGGAGGGAUGAACAAUAUGGACGCACUGCUCGAGACAGGCCGACGUUUGGCGAUGCAAAUGAGCAGUGAAAAUCCGGAACUGUUUAACAACGUCGCACGUCAGAUGGAACAGGCCGGCAUCAACUUGCCCCGCAACAAUCCGCCCAACCCUGACGGCAGUCAGCAACCUCCACCGCCACCACCGUCGGCCUCGUAAAUUCGAUCGAUGGUGUCCGUAGUAGCUAACGGAAAACCGGAGCAUUUUUUGUAUGUUUUGUGUUUGUAUGUUAUCCGCUUUGUUCCCGAGACGUGAAUGGCCGUUCUACCGAAGCUUCCAUUACGUUAGGACGGACGAUCGAUACUUGGUUAAAAGAAAUUUCCCAUCUUGUUCUUCUACUUCCUGUAGUCACUAGAGAAAGAUCACCGUGCAUGUGUAACGGCCAUUAUUUGGCAUCCAGUAAACGGUAGCGGACAUUACUACCCGAUCCCGCUAAACCGUAAAUUUUGUAGUGGAGGGAUAAAUAAUGACUAAUAAAAAUCACUCACAAACAUACGAA